CAAAUCUCUACCAUGUCAUCUACAUCGCCAUGGUUGAUACGGUUUCGGAGAAGAGGUCGUCGGUAGAAAACAGAGGUGUAGAAAAGUCGGCGCUGUUCAUUCCCGGAGCGACUCAAGAUUUGCCACCGCUCGCAGUCCUUGCAUCUACCACGACUUCUCAGAAAGAGGUCACAAUACGACAAGUUGCUCCUUUGAUCCUAAUCUUAUCGGGAGCUGCAUUCAUCAAUACUCUGUCCAUUCAAUCUGUUGUCAUCCUCUUGCCCAGUAUUACAGAGGACCUCAAUAUUCCAGACACGAGGCAGCAAUGGAUUGUGUCGGCCAAUUCGCUAACAGCGGGUUCAUUUCUUCUCCUGGCAGGAAAACUGGCUGAUGUGUAUGGGAAACGAUGGCUUUUCAUUCUCGGGUCUUUCUGGCUAGCAGCGACGACGUUGGGUGCAGCUUUCUCGCCAGUUGAGAUUUGCAUGUAUGUCAUGCGAGCUUUGCAGGGUGUUGGAGCUGCUGUAACAAUACCAACUGCACUUGGAAUCAUCGGCUACACAAUUCCUCCCGGGCGAGUGAAGAAUUAUAGUUUCGCUUUCUACUCUGCCGGCGCUCCUACAGGGCAGGUAGUUGGAAAUUUACUCGGAGGAAUAAUCUCAGAAUACACCAAUUGGAAGGUCGUCUUCUUCGUCAUUGCGGGAUCGGCAUUUCUCAUUGGCGUAACUGCCAUAUUUGUGAUACCCAAAGAGCCUACUCGAGCAGAGAGAUCUGCUGAUGGUCCGCAAGCAUCAAAUGUUGACUGGAUUGGCGCAUUUUUGUUCACUGCAGGAGCACUUCUCCUGCUCAUUUCCCUUUCGCAAGGCGCCUCAGCAGGAUGGAAGACGCCGCUAGUCAUCGCGUUCUUGAUCUUAUCGGUUCUGUUCCUUGCCAGUUUCGGCUUCUGGGAGCAUUAUCUGGAGGCUCAUGACCGCGAACCCCUAAUGCGGAUAUCGACAUUCAAGAAUGGACGAUUCUCCAUCGCUAUGGUGAUAGUUUGCAUCUUCUCCGCAGGAUUUACUAACUUUCUGGUCUACUCAACUUACCUGUACCAAGAUUAUCAAGCCCUAUCGCCAAUUCACACUACUAUCCGUUUCAUCCCUCUCGGAAUCUGUGGAGUACUUUCGACAUUGGUAUCCGGCUAUCUACUAGACCGAAUUCGCGGAAAUUAUAUUCUCAUCUUCGGUCUCGGCAUGGGUACACUCUCCAAUGUACUCCUUGCAGUCCCAAUUCCUCCAACAACAACCUACUGGGCGUACGGCUUCUUUGCCAUGUGUUUCGCUGGUAUCGGAGCUGAUACGGUGUAUCCCUGUCUUGGACUCUUCACAACCCAAGCGCUUCCACGUAAAGAUCAAAGUGUCGCCGGUGCAAUGUUUCAGACUUUCGCUGGGCUUGGGAGGGCAAUGUUCCUGCCUAUUACUGCGACAAUUCAAACUUCCGUACAGACCAAAAUGAGAAAUAAUGGUAAAGGUGAGUUGCCUGCUUUGUUGGAGGCAAUUAGGGCUGUGGAGUGGUUUUGUGCUGCGAGCAUUGGUGCGGGGUUGGUCAUGACGCUGCUUGGGUUGAGAAAUAUUGGAAAGAUUGGCCUACUGAAGAAGCUAGGAACUGUGCAAUCGGCAUCAAAAGAGAAGGAUCAAGAGGCAGUAUAGUAUCAGAAUAUAGAUCGUUUGAGUUCUCUAUUUGUCGGAAUGCUACCUACGGUGUUGGAUCUGUUCGGGGCGAUCUCUAGCGAGCCGUGCUUUCCACUUCAGGCAACAUAUCUACAUGUUGAUAACAACUUCGGAUGCGUCGUCGGUCUUUCCACUUGUAGCAAUUAUGGUUG